UACAUACUCUUUGUGCGUCACAUCGGCGUCCCGAAGCCGGAAACACCUUUUCUGCGGCAUUUUAGCUAACUCUGUCUGGCUUUAUUUGAUAACCGCAUUGGCAGAUAAGAUUUAGUUAAUAAGAAAAAGCAAUGGGAGUCAACGUGGAAACACUUUCCCCUGGUGAUGGGUCUUCUUAUCCCAAGAAGGGCCAGACUGUAGUGGUGCACUACACUGGCACAUUAACCAAUGGCCAGAAGUUUGACUCAUCCCGCGACCGCGGAAAGCCUUUCAAGUUCAAGAUCGGCAAGGGGGAGGUCAUCCGAGGCUGGGAUGAAGGUGUCGCUCAGAUGUCCGUGGGUGAGCGGGCCAAGCUGACAUGCUCGCCGGACUACGCGUAUGGCCAACAGGGCCACCCCGGUGUGAUCCCACCCAACGCUACUCUCAUCUUUGAUGUUGAGCUAAUCCGACUUGAAUAAUCAUUGAAUCACAUCAUCACAUUUUCUGGAUGUUUUAAUUUUGUAAAACUAAUCGGAAGUCAAUUUUGAUAAUUUUUUUAUAAUUUGUAGGUGUUUAGUGCAAUAUCUUUCUACCUCUUCUCUGGUUUGAAAAAUAGCAUUUUCUAGUUGCACUUAAUAACAUUCCGGAAGCAUUUUUCAAUUUAAUUACUUAAUCAACAGCCUUUUGUAUAAUUUUGUAAUAAUUAAUUGCUACUCAGAGUUGUUUUAGAUACAGUAGUUUAGCAUACUUCUCACACUGAAUCUACACUAAGGAUAUUAGUAACUAACAUCUCUGAGUAUAGCAGUAACUUAUUACUUACACUGUAAUAAACAUUUUUUUUAGUGUAUAUUCAUGUUUUGCAAUACUUUAUUUUUGAGCUCAAAUUUUUGAACAAAAUGUACCUUUUUCUACGUCUUUCUUCUAGUAAAACCAAUAGUCAUGGAAACAUACUAUCAGCAUAAGCUUUACUAUGAUUAUAAGGUAAAAUAAAUAAAUUACUAUGGGAAAA